AUGGAUAUUUGGGAGAAUUUAUCCAAGGCGGAGUUGCUGAAACAACAAAAAGAAGAGACCCUUCAAAAUUUCAUGGGUUUCGUGAAUUCCGAAUGGAAGGAUUUUGAAGAUCAGUUAAUAUCUUCAAAGGCCUGCUUGACUGAAUGGUUCAGUGAAGAGGGACUGAAGUCGGAUGAAGAAUCGAUCCGGGCAAAAUGGGUUGAUAAAGGGUACAAGAUUUUGAAUGGGGUAGCGGAGAAGAUAGAGAUUGAGAGGGGUCUGUUUGAAAAAAUUCAAGACUCUGUAGAUGAAAAGAUGAAGUAUUUAGUUUUUCAAGAAGAGCAAAUCAAGGGUUUGUGCGAAAGAGACAAAAGGGAAUUCAGAUCUCUGGUGAAAUGUUUGGAGGAGAGGGAAAUUCAAGUAGAAUCGAAGGAGAGUCUUCUCCAGGAAAGGGAAAAUGAGCUGAUUGAAAAGGUUCAAGAUGUGGAGAGAAGGGAAAAGGAACUUAGUUCCAGAGAGGAAAUGGGAAAUGAGCUCUGUUUAGAGAAAGAUGUUUUGCGCAGAUGGAAAGAUGAGCUUCGAUUGAAUAAGGAAAAGCUGGGAAGAACAAAGAAUGAGCUUGAUUGCAAGAUGAUAAUGUUGAACAAAAGGGAAGCUGCUCUUGAUUCCAGAGGAAGAACUUUGGAAAGAAAGGAAUAUGAGUUAGCUUCCCAGGGGGAACUUCUGAAGACAUGGAAAGCUAGGCUGCAAUCAGCAAUGGCAGAGAUUGCGAGAAAGAAAGAUGAGCUUUCACAAAGAGAGAAAUGA